CUGGACCAACAGGAAAAGGCCCUGGCCCAUCCCCAUGGUGACUGAGCUGUAUAUAGGAGGCUGCAUACGCCCAUGUGCCGCAGGUUCUCUUACAUCGACCGCCUAAGAGUCGCGCUGUAAGAAGCAGCAACCGCUCCUCCCGUCUCCAUUCGCUCGGCAAUCGCGAAGCAGCAGCCAUGCGUGAGUGCAUCUCCAUCCACGUUGGCCAAGCUGGUGUCCAGAUUGGCAACGCCUGCUGGGAGCUCUACUGCCUGGAACAUGGCAUCCAGCCCGAUGGCCAGAUGCCAAGUGACAAGACCAUUGGGGGCGGAGAUGACUCCUUCAACACCUUCUUCAGCGAGACUGGUGCUGGCAAACAUGUGCCCAGGGCAGUGUUUGUAGACCUGGAACCCACAGUCAUUGAUGAAGUGCGCACUGGUACCUACCGCCAGCUCUUCCACCCUGAGCAGCUCAUCACAGGCAAGGAAGAUGCUGCCAAUAACUAUGCCCGUGGGCACUACACUAUUGGCAAGGAGAUCAUUGACCUCGUCUUGGACCGAAUUCGGAAACUGGCUGACCAGUGCACAGGCCUGCAGGGCUUCCUGGUUUUCCACAGCUUUGGCGGGGGCACUGGCUCUGGGUUCACCUCCCUGCUGAUGGAGCGUCUCUCCGUUGACUAUGGCAAGAAGUCCAAGCUGGAGUUCUCCAUUUACCCAGCCCCCCAGGUCUCCACAGCUGUAGUAGAGCCCUACAACUCCAUCCUCACCACAGCCUCCCACUGUGGUUCCUGGUGGAGACCUGGCCAAGGUACAGCGGGCUGUGUGCAUGCUGAGCAACACCACAGCCAUCGCGGAGGCCUGGGCUCGCCUGGACCACAAGUUUGAUCUGAUGUACGCCAAGCGUGCCUUUGUUCACUGGUACGUGGGUGAGGGGAUGGAGGAAGGGGAGUUUUCUGAGGCCCGGGAGGACAUGGCUGCCCUUGAGAAGGAUUAUGAGGAGGUUGGUGUGGAUUCUGUUGAAGGAGAGGGUGAGGAAGAAGGAGAGGAAUACUAAAAAUGUCACAAAGGUGCUGCUUUUACAGGGAAGCUUAUUCUGUUUUGAACAUUGAAAAGUGGUCUGAUCAGUUAAUUCAUAUGUAGCAGUGUGUGCUCUCAUACAGUUACUGACCUAUGCUUUAAAACAUAAAUGCUUUGUCACAGACCCAAACUGUCCAUUUCUCUGAGGGGUUUUGAAUAAAGUGUUCCCUGUCCUAAAUUAA